AUGAUUAAACAACAGCAACCACAACAACUUAAGGCGCAAAGCGCCCAGGUCCUUCAGACCAUUACAUACGCCAUAUAUGCAUAUAAUUCAAAGAUGGCAGAACAAACGCAAAGGUUGAAAUAUGGAGAUUUGGAGAUAGUAUUGAAAAAUGACCGUUUCGAAUUCGUUUGCAAAGGUGGUGCAGUGAUAUCAAAUAUAAAAGAAAUUUUAUUUAUGAAUUCAAAAAUUAAAGGUAUAACGGAUGAUAUAACAUCAAUUCCAUCAGAAGAACAGAGAUAUUACGCAUUAAAUGCAUUUCCUAAAGUUUUGAAGAUUGGAAGAUUUAAUUUAAAUGAGGAAUUCAUAGAAGGUUUCCUAAACGACAUAAUGAAGAAGGUGGAUAAGGAAUAUGUGGAUAGUGAAUUAAAUAAGAAAGCAGAUUUAGUUUAUGUUGAUGAAAAAGAUAAUGAAAUUAAAGAAAAGGUUGAAUGGUAUCAUGAAUGGACAUUGGAGACUUUUAAAGUUAAAGCUGAUACAGAAUGGGUUUCAGGAUGUUUAGACCUUAAAGCAGAUAAAACUUAUGUUGAUGAAAAUUAUGCAAAGAAGUCGGAAGUAAAUGAUGUGAUUACAAGCAUGAAAAAUGAAAUACUUCAAACAUUAUAUCCUAUAGGCUCUAUUUAUACAUCAAUGAAUUCAACAAAUCCAGCAACAGUUUUAGGUUUUGGUACGUGGAAGCAGAUUGUAGAUAAAUUCUUAUAUUGUGCUAGAUAUUCAAAGCAAACAGGAGGUUCGAAGAAAAUUAAAGAAGCAAACCUUCCACCGCACACUCAUACAGGAACUACAAACUUUUCUGGCGACCAUAGACACUCAUUAAGAGACCGCCCAUUAUACAACUCAGACUAUGAAGCUGGCAAUGAUGUUUUAUCUCCAGCUUAUAACGAUUCAACAAAAAAGACUUUUCGACAAACUGAACCAGGAGGAAAUCAUGUCCAUACUUUCACAACAAAUCCAACAGGCUUGGGUAAAGAUUACAUGCCACCAUUUGUGACUGUAUUUGCAUGGUACCGCGUUCAUUGA